AGGUAGUCUUUCGUUCUCUUUUUAACGUUUCAUUCAAUUCUCUUCUCACCAUGCCAUUCUUUACUUUCUGAUUCUCAUAAUAAUCCAUCUUUAAUGGGGUCGGAUCUCUCUUUCGAUUCCACUGCUUAAACUGUGAUCAACCUCAUCCUAUCGACGCCUAAUUCGAUUCAUAAUCCUCUAAAUUCCCCCAAGUAACCAAGUCUUUUUCGUUUUUUUUUUUUCAAAGAUCAAACGAUCUUGAAUAAGGUUUUGAUUGCGUUCAACUAAUGCUUUGCGGCCUGGCGAUCUUCCAUAAGAUUAAACAAUGAAGCCAGGAACAUCUUCUUUGAAUCCCUAUGCAGAAUCUUACGUACCUAUCUCGAAACGAGGGAAGGAAAACAAAGCAUUUGAGAUAAUUGCUGGGCAACCAGAGUGUGGCAAUGGAACUGCCUGGUCUGGAUCUCCAUCUGAGAACCAGAAAGUGACUCAACAGAACCAGUUCCAAGGAGAAACUUCUCUUGCCUACAACAUCCAUGGCAUUGAAGAACUACUUGAUUCUGAGGAUGGGACACCGAAGGGCCAAUCAGUUUAUAGUUCUCAUGAUUCAUGGUCACAGAAUCGAAGUAACAUGGCAAGAAAACAGAGAACUUUUGAAGAUUCUGAGAUGGAUUUGGAAUAUCUUGGCGUCAUGUUUCCUUUUAUAUCUGAUCAGUCACUUGCUGAUGUGUACUCCGUAAAUGAGGGUGACGUAGAAGCAUCAGUUGAUAUGUUGCAACAACUUGAGGUCCACCCUGCAGAUGUUUCUGAAAAUCUUCCAGAAUCCUUAGAUAUUGGUGAUAUGUCUGAGUUUGAAUGUCCAGCUGAAGGCACAUCCAGGAGAACUAAUCAAACCACUUCUGGUGAAGCUGGUGGGUCUUCGUCAUGUUCAUUGAAACCAGCCUCUUGACUUACGCUGUGAAAACUUGCAGUGCGAGAAAGUUGGGAAAGGUGGCUUGAUGUCUCCUUUCUUGGAUGUUGUGGUGAGGAGAAAUCUGGGGAAGGGGAAAUUAUUUCCUCUGUUAAACUUCUGGACAUCAACCAUGGUUGGUACAUGUAAGUUUUAGUUGCUGUGUCCAUUCUGUCUUUCCUCUCUGUAAUCUUUUUCUAUUUUGGUAAAAUUUCCUCUGUAAUCAUGAGUUUGUUUCAUGGGAAAUCAGUUCAUCCAUUACCUGUGCAGUUUUUCUUUUGCAAAUUACUCUCAUUUGAAAUGAAAGAGUUUCUUCUCGUCUUA